AUGAGUUACCUGGUCUUUGAUUCCCUUAAAUCAUUUGAUUAGUGACAAGGAAAAUCAAGUGAGACACACAUUGAUAAACUCGAUCCUUUGAUGCCCCUUUCAUCAUCAACACCUGCAAUCGCCAUGACUAGUUAACAACUAACUAAAACGAAUGGCAACUCCCUCUUGGUUUUCUUACUUGACGCCAUGGCUUGCCACUCUAGCUCUCAUCCUCUUCUCCCUUCGCCUCUGUCGUCGCCGGAAACUCAACUUACCACCCGGCCCAAAACCCUGGCCGAUAAUCGGCAACCUCAAUCUCAUUGGCUCACUUCCCCACCAGUCCAUCCAUGCUCUCUCCCGAAAAUACGGUCCCAUCAUGCAACUCAAAUUCGGGUCAUUCCCCGUCGUCGUUGCUUCAUCAGUUGAAAUGGCCAAAGCCGUGUUGAAAACCAACGAUGUCAUCUUCACCGACCGGCCUAAAACUGCUGCUGGCAAAUACACUACUUACAAUUACUCUGAUAUUACAUGGUCUCCCUACGGUCCAUACUGGCGUCAGGCACGAAAAAUAUGCCUAACAGAGCUUUUCAAUGCGAAACGUCUAGAAUCAUACCAGUAUAUACGAAGAGAAGAGAUGAAUUUGUUUCUCAAAAGGUUGUACGAAUCAUCUGGCACCCAAAUCGUUUUGAAAGAUCAUCUUUCGAGCUUGAGCCUUAAUGUAAUCAGUAGGAUGGUGUUUGGGAAAAAAUACACGGAGGGGAGUGGCGAGAACGAGAUUGUGACACCAAAUGAGUUCAAGGAGAUGUUGGACGAGUUGUUCUUGCUUAACGGGGUGCUAGAUAUCGGUGACUCGAUCCCUUGGCUCAGUUUCCUAGAUUUGCAGGGCUAUAUAAAGAGAAUGAAGGCCUUGAGCAAAAGAUUCGACAGGUUCUUGGAGCAUGUGUUGGAUGAACACAACGCGAGGAGAGAAGGGGCGGAAGAUUAUGUUGCGAAGGACAUGGUGGAUGUGCUUUUGCAGCUUUCUGAGGACCCCAAUCUUGAGGUCAAGCUUGAAAGGCAUGGUGUUAAGGCAUUUACUCAGGACAUGAUAGCUGGUGGAACAGAGAGUUCAGCCGUGACUGUAGAAUGGGCAAUCUCGGAGCUAUUGAAAAAACCCGAAAUUUUGGCAAAGGCCACGGAAGAACUCGACAUGGUGAUCGGCAGGGAGCGAUGGGUCGAAGAGAAGGAUGUUGUGAGCCUACCUUACAUCGAAUCGAUAGCCAAGGAAACAAUGCGGUUGCACCCGGUGGCACCAAUGCUAGUGCCUCGCGUGGCUCGCCAAGACUGUGAAAUAGCCGGUUAUGACAUUCCCAAGGGAACUAGAGCCUUUGUAAACGUUUGGACAAUUGGGAGAGACCCUAGCCUUUGGGACAACCCCAAUGAAUUUUGGCCCGACAGGUUCAUGGGAAAGAGUAUUGAUGUCAAAGGACAUGAUUUUGAGUUGUUGCCAUUUGGAGCCGGAAGAAGAAUGUGUCCCGGAUAUCCCCUAGGGAUUAAGGUCAUUCAAGCAAGUUUAGCUAAUGUUUUACAUGGAUUUACUUGGAAGUUGCCCAAUAAUACCACUAAGGAAGAUCUCAAUAUGGAGGAAAUAUUCGGGCUUUCCACCCCUAAAAAGUACCCACUUGAGGCAAUUGCAGAGCCUAGGCUCCCACUUCACAUGUACUCUUAGUGAUUUUAGUCACUGAGAUUCUAAAAAAAAACUUUAAAAAUAAUGGUGAUUGGUGUAGUUUUGGAGUUUUCUUAGUCGCAUUUGUGGUUCA